GCAUCAAUUUGUAUUUGGUAGAGGUCCGAAGAGCACGCAAGCCGGGGAAUGCCAGGACAAUUGUAGUCAAAUUCAUCUGUUCCGAUAAUGAACGUGCUCUACGCACUCCUCCUGUGCUUGGCCGUCCUAGGCACAACAUAUUGGACACGGCACGUGAAAAGAGCAAAGGAGCUUGCCGCCAUUGCUGCAGCCAAUGGCUGCGAACCGUCUCAGAAACACCUACACAAUCCAUGGUGGCCUCCUUUAGGACUAGACAAAAUGUUUCCAACUCUGAAGGCUGAACGAGCGGGCCGGCUACCUCCUUUCAUGCUGCAAGAAUUUGAGAAACAUGGACACACUUACAGUCAGAAAGUGAACGGCCAACUUGUUGUUCUAACGAGGUCCCCGGCUAAUGUUCAUACCAUCUGCAAGCAACGCUUCAAAGAUUAUGAGCUUGGAGCUGAUCGUGCAGGCAACUUUAGGCCCCUGAUCGGCCAUGGCGUACUCGCCCUGGAUGGGCGGGAAUGGACGAGGUCUCGAGCCAUGCUCAGACCGCAUUUCAAUCGAAAUCUCGAUCAGGACUUCCUUCAACUUGAGGUUCAUGUUCAGCAUCUGCUCUGCAGGCUGAAGGCGUCCCGCAGUCGUGAUAACGCGAUUGACAUUGCUGAUUUGCUCCUCAAGUUGAGCACCGACUUUGCAACCCAGACCGUCUUCGGCCACUCGACCGAUUCUCUGCUGCUCGAUACGAAACAUUGGUCGGGAGAACAAGACAAAGGAAGUGCUGGAGAAUUCUCUACGGCUCUCGGUCAUGCACUUUACAUGUUGGGCCAAAGAGGACAGCUACUCAACUUCUACUGGCUUCGGGACUCAUUGCAAUUUCGAAGAUCGUGUCGCCGCUGUCGGGCUUUCGUCAACAAAUAUCUGGCCGAGUCGCUGUCACAAAAUUCCGAGGCGUCGAAAGGAUCGGGCACAACUGCAAUUUCAUUCAUGCAUUCUCUUGUUGCGAAGGAGACCGUUCCGACCAGUGUGAUGGGAGACCAGCUCCUGUCAUUGCUCUUGGCGAGUCGAGAUACGACAGCCUCAUUUGCAAGCUGGGUGAUUUACGCUUUGCUCAAGUAUCCUCAGGUGAUGGCCAAGCUUCGUGGCGUAAUCGAGACUCAUCUACCACAUGGUAAACUACCCACUAUGGCUGAUAUAUCAGGUUCGAUUUACCUACGCCACGUCUUGAAUGAGACAAUGAGGAUUUUUCCGGUAGUACCCCUGAACGGCAGAACCGCCAGAGUUGACACGAUUCUGCCCGAGGGAGGUGGCCGCGGCGGAGAGAGUCCGUUAUUGGUACCCAAGGGCACCAUAGUAGGCUUCAACAUUUACGCCUUGCAGCACCGACGGGACAUUUUUGGUGAGGAUGCAGACAAGUUCCGACCAGAACGCUGGGAAGGAGACCCGACAGGCGAUUUCGAAGGGGCAUUUGUGCCUUUCAUUCUCGGGCCACGAGUCUGUCUCGGCAAAACCAUGGCCAUGAUGACAGUGUCAUAUCUGACCGUCCGACUAUUGCAAAGCCUCGAUCACCUAGAACUGACUGAUGCACCAGAAUCAAUAGUGCGUCGAAAAGACCGAGCGUACUGGCCCAGUGAACAGACUCGAUACGAUAUGGCGGAUGGGACAACAACAUUCGGAAUCGGAAUCACCAUGGCACCCCGAGACGGCGUCUGGGUGAAAAGCCAUCGAUCCACAAGUCGAGCCUGACCGCACAAACUUUGUCGUUACUCGUACUGCCUCGUGCUUUACACAAAUUGUUUCGCUACUACUAGGACCGUAGGCAUGCAUUUGUGCACAGGGAGGUGGCUCGAAGUUACCAAGUCAAGCUCCAGAGGCUUGCUUUCUCUGCGACUCCAUCAUCGGAGCGAGUGUGACCAUUCACACCGCCUCGGGAGUCCUAAUAUGAUCGCCAACUGUCCACGGCGUCCCGAAUUGAAAGCUUGCGGACGGCAAAGGCCAGACCAAGCCUACCUGAGUUGCUAGUGUUGACCAGGGCAAGAUCCAUGAUGACCCUGAACCUCGAUCUGAAAUGGCUCCAUCGAUUUUGGCGGUCAGCCAACGAAGAAUUAGGACUUUGUCGGGGUCCAGGGAUGCGUGAAGUUUGAACGGUCGGGGGACCACGGGGCACCUUCUGGCGCUUAAGAACCCCCAAACUCCCAAAACAGGCGCUGGUGCACGCUUAAUGUCAGUGCCUACAUCAUGAUCGGUACUCAGUUUGCUUGUACUUGUCCGGAGUACGCGUAGGCGGAUCGCCUGAUCUUCGUCAGCGUCCGAUUCAGUUCGAAAUACAUUUACUUUGGUGGGUUCUGGC